GCCACCGGAACAGAAAUCUCUCUAUUCAAAAAGUUGGUUCACGGUUGAAGGAAGUGGGAUCGAUGUUCAAGAGAGUUUAUCCCACUUAAAGAAUAAAUCAUCAAGUCAGCACAUAGCACAUUGUACACAUAUGUGUAUGUGUUAGUCAUGGUUUAAACCAGGGGGCGCUACAUUUCAUCACUAUUACAGCUACUACGUCAGGGGUCUGCAGCCUUUACUAUCAAAAGAGCCAUUUUCUUGUAGUAAAGAAAAACAGUCUGGAGCUGCAAACCUGUAGUCUUUUUUUUUUAUUAUUGUAAAGGUUACAACGACAGAAUACAACAAACAGAAGUGCAGUUUGCGACGGCUUUUUGAGUCCUUCUUGUAUUAAUUAAAAAAUUAAACAAAUUGAGGAACAUUUCUUGACAGGUCUGAAAUAUAUAUGGUUUUUUUUUCUGAAAAAAGGCUCUCAUUUGUUACCGAUAUUUAUGAAUUAUUUAUUUUUUUCGAUGUGGCGGGGGAUAGGUUCCCAAAAUAGCCCACAAUAAGUGAAAGUGUAGCCAACUUAAUUUGUUUGCAAUUGUUAUAUACAGUAUGUUUUAAGGCUGUAAAAUCCCUCACCAUACACUUUAUACACUUUUCUCAGAGAGGCAUUAACAUUUUAUCACAAUUCUCUCUUGUUUAAGCACUCUCAAAGUUCAAAUUUCGUUGAAUUUUAAUGAUCAACUUACGAGAUUGGCCACAAGAAAUGAAGUGACUCAUGCAUAUUUCACUCCUCUGAUGGUGGCUUGUCCGUGCGCCAUUAGGCUGGGGCAUUUUUGUAUCCUUGUUUAAAACAUAUUCCCCCUCCUCGUCCUCCAUGAACCGAAGAUUCAUUGACAGUAUUUCAGGCGCUCUACAGCCGCGUAACUUAUGCCUUCAUUCAGCAUGUAUGAUCACUAGCAGCUAGUGAUCACACAACAGGAAAGAGGCAGUCCUGAUUGACAAUGGUCUACAGCCAAUCAGAACGCAGAACACAAUGGGUGUGUUCUCCCUUACCCAAUCAGGACUGUUGUGGCUCUAUACACACUAAGAUGGACACGCUGGACAUGUCUUCGACUCUCACGUGAGUAUACAACACCCUCUACUGGUAGCAGUAGAAAAUACAAUAACAGACACAUGCAAUGGAGCACCGAUAGCUCACUCUAAUACACCACAAGGACGCACAACACAAUGACCGUUGAUACGCUGUUAAAAAAACAAAAGGGGAACACUAUUCAUGGUUAGCUUACCGCAGCGGGGGUUGCAUGCUCAAGAAGCCGCCUGCAGGUAGAGGCAAGGGCGUAGAUGUGACACACACAGUAUUUGAAUUGACUAAUUCUAAACAUUAAGUGUCACUUUGAGCACCAAUAUAUAAAAUAAACCCAAGUAAAAUGGGGCGGCAGUGGACCAGGAGGUAGAGCAUGUCGUCCAGAAACAGGAAGGUUGGUUGAUCGAUCCUCUCUCCCUUCACCCAGUUACUGUCGUCGUGUCCCUGGGCAAGACACUUCGCCCACCUUGUACUCCAGGGCUGCACACAGUGGUGUAUGAAUGGGAAUGAAUGUUUGGUGGUGGUCGGAGAAUUGGUGCGAAUUGGCAGCCACGUUUCCGUCAGACUACCCCCAGGGCAGCUGUGUUUACAGAUGUACAUUACCACCAUUGGGUUUGGGUGCUUUGAAAGGCGCUAUAAAAAUCGAAUCCAUUGUUAUUAUAUACAUAUAUAUUAUAUACAUAAAAAUGACACUAAUAAAUAACUUUAUUUUUCCUUUCGUCAUGACCGAAAGGAUCCACAGCAAGGUUGCCUACCAUUGUACAAGGUGCUCUCCCAUCAAACAGUUUACGUUUACGGUUUGUGAUGAUUUGUCAUUUAAAAAGAGGCACUACGGCUGCAUUGAACAGCCAUAAAAACACUAAUAGAUUUUAUGCACAUAUUCUUUGACCCUGAGGUAUUACCUGUUGGAGACGACUGGUUUAAAGUGUGCACAUGAAAAAUUCCAAGUGAAUAAACUCUUGACUGUCUUAUGGGUUAAAAGUGAAUUGAUUUGGUAUUUAUUUAUUACCAGCAGCAUUAUCUGAUGGCGCGGCGGAGUUUGUGUUUUGUAUCAAAAGGUAGCGUAAUCUAUUGACUUUCUUUUGAACGAUCAACAAUGGAUGCUGUAGUUAGAGUAAGUAAUGAAAUAGAGAAAACCUUUAAAAUGAAAGAGUUGAUGAAUAUUGUAUUCUUUGAUAUUGAAAAGGCUUAUGAUUCCAUGUGGCGGGAGGGUUUAUUGAUUAAGAUGAAUAGGAUGGGAAUUAGAGGUAGGUUCUAUAACUGGGUCAUUGAUUUCAUAUCGGACAGAAAAUUCAAAGUUAAAAUAGAAUCAGAGAUGUCAGAAGAAUACAGUAUAGCAAAUGGUAUACCACAGGGGAGUGUAUUUAGUCCAGUUUUGUUUAACAUAAUGAUAAAUGAUAUAUUCAUGAAUCUGGAUAGAAGGAUUGGGUCGGCCCUAUAUGCAGAUUGUGGAGUGAUUUGGGCAAGGGGACGAGAUUCUAUAAAUGUGACAAGUAAAAUGAAGGAAGCAAUAAAGAAGAUAGAACAAUGGUCAUAUGACUGGGGAUUUAAGAUAUCACCCAAUAAAACAUGUUACAUGACGAUUACCAGGAAAAAAGGCAUAAAAAAUCAGAACCUGAUGCUAUAUGGACAAAACAUGAUAAAAGUAGAUCAUUUGAAAUACCUUGGUAUGUGGCUAGAUCAGAAAGGCACAUGGAAGAACCAUGUGGAAAAGGUAGAAGAGAAAUGUAAGAAGAUAAUAAACUUAAUGAGAGCUGUUACAGGUAAGGAGUGGGGAGCAGAUAAACAGUCACUAAUAUAUAUAGAGAGAGCUUUGAUGAGAGCAAAUAUAGAUUAUGGAAGUUUUGUAUAUGGAGCUGCAGCUAAAACACAUUUAAUGAAAAUAGAAAGAAAUAUUCACAAAGCAUUUAGGAUAUGUACAGGUGCAAUCACAUCAACACCAAUUAAAGCAAUGCAGGUUGAGUUAGGAGAAGUAGCGUAUGACCUGAGAAGAGAUCAACUUAUGUUGACAUACUGGAGUAGACUUAAAGGAUGUAGGCAUGGACAUCUGGCCAAGGAUGUGAUGGAGGAAUGUUGGGAGUAUAAUACAACUAAAAGUAAUAGCUUUGGGUGGGUAAUUAAAGAUAAAAUAGAUAAAUAUAACAUAAAAAAUAUACAUAUUAAUAAUUCUACACCCAUAAGCAAUAUUCCUAUCUGGCUAUUUCCUAAACCUGAAGUAGACAUAUACGUAUAUAACAGAGUUAAAAAAUAAAUGGAAAGAUAGUGAAAAAGGACAUAAGGCAAGUCAAUAUAUAAAAAGAAAUAUUAUGGUUACUUUGAUAUGUAUACAGAUGGAUCAAAAAGCGAAGAAGGGAAGGUGGGGAUUGGAAUCUAUGGACCACCAAUGAAUUAUAGCAUCAUUAAAAGAUUACCUGACCAGCUCUCGGUUUAUACAGCAGAAAUGAUGGCAAUUAUUAUAGGUUUGCAAUGGAUAGAGGAAAUAAAAGCAGAUAGAGUGGUAUGUUGUGUGGACUCUCUGGCAGCAUUAUAUAGUAUCAAAAAUAUGGAAUCAAGUCGAGAGGAUUUAUUAUUAGAAAUACAUCAAAACUUAUUCCAACUAUACAUGUUAAAAAUAGACAUAAGAUUUUGCUGGGUGCCUGCACAUGUAGGGGUGGAGGGGAAUGAGGUGGCAGAUAAAAUGGUUAAAAUGGGAAUUAGAAGGAAUGAAAUUAUAGAUAUACCUGCUGGUAAAGGCGAAAUAAAGGCAAUAAUCAAAAACAAAUGAUGGAGAAAUGGCAAAAUAGGUGGGACGAGGGUAGUAGCGGGAGAAAGUAUUAUAAAGUACAAAAAUCUAUCAGUGCACAAGGGGUGAAGAGAAAAAACAGAAAAGCGGAAAUAGUGUUAACUAGGAUGAGGCUCAAUCACACCGGGUUCAAUGACAAGAUGUUUUUGAUAGGGAAAUGUAAAUCAAAAGUAUGUAUGGAGUGCAAAAGUAUAGAGAACGUAGAACACAUAUUACUACACUGCAAGAGAUAUCGGGAAGAACGUGUAACGUUAAGGAAAACAAUUAAGAAGAUAGGAAGGGAAUGGAGCAUUAAGGGUAUCUUAGGAACAGGUGGGGAGGGGGUAAGAGAUAUACAGAGGGCAGUGAUAGAAUAUUUGAAGGACACAUGAUUAUAUAAUAGAAUGUAGAUAAGUAUUAGAAUAUUUUAUUAUAAGUAUUAUUAUUAGGAUUAUUAUUAGUAUAAGUAGUCUCCUCACUAAGUUAGCAUAAAGUAAGAUACUGUACUGUAUAUGGCCCAUGGUACAUACUCCGGUACAGUGGGUGGCGGUAUGCACCUUUUCAAGUCAUGGUUGCAACCCUCCAUUAAACUAAAAGAAGAAGAAGAAGAAGAAGAAGACUUUCUUUUGAGUACAGAAAACAGACUGCGUUGCGCUCCAAAACAGCAGGGGGCGAUCAUGCGCACAGUACGAUGACGUCGUUCACCCGCCAGAAAAGAAGAAACAAAAAGACCGGAAAAGGAGGACGUGUAGUACCGAAUUUUCGCGGCAAAAUGAAAUGAGGAUUCACUGUUGACAGAGUUGCUUGCUGUGUGAUCGACCAUUAGCUUGAUAGACGGCUCGUCUAUUUAAAUAUUUCGGUGUCUACGGUCGGUUGUGUGAUGUUGUGACGUGCGAGUCGAGCUACUGUUAGCCGCUAACGCCUUUCACCUCGAGGUGUAGUUUGCAUUCGACCCUGUUCUCGCCGCAGAUAAGCAAGACAAGAAGCGACAACAAUGUUACCAGUGACAGCAGAAGACUUAAAAACAGAACUUGAAAUGUUCUGCAUAACUUGUACCGAUGACUUCGCCCUAGACAAAAUGGUGGAGCAGUGUGUUUGCAGCAGGAUCCAGGCAGAUGAGUGGGUUUUGGAGUGGGUUGCAUACAGCACCACGAAAAAUGGACUCUUGCUCUCUGUGGACACCCUGGACCAGUUUGAACACGAUGUGUUAAACAAGAGGAAUAAGUCCAAACAAAGCUUCAAAAGAGACGAACGAAACAAACCCAGAGAUAUUCACACGAUACAUGAUAUCAUAAAAGCAGAAGAGGAGGAGGAUAAUCUACUGGACUCCUACUCGACUCCUGCAAAGGGCUCCCAAAAGCGAGCGCUCACCACUCCAGAAAACCCUCACUCAAAGAGGAGCUCAGCUUUGUUGACCAGUCCAGGCGUCCUCUUGUCUCCAUCUUGCUUCUCUCCAAGCGCAACUCCCUCCCAGAAGUACAGCCAACGUGGAGGAAAGGGGGAGGUGGUGGUGUCAUUCGGGGCUGUGCAGGGCACUCGCUGGACGGGCAGCAAGUCCUCUGGUGCAGGCAUCCAGCUGGAUUUGCUGGAAGGGCCAGAAGACUCCCUCUGCUGCAGCUACAAGUACAUGUUCCAGAGACUGCGUGAUAUCAGGAAUGUGUUGACAGAGAAGAUAGAGGAGCUGGGAGAAGGCCUGCGGUCUCACUACAACAUCGAAGAGUUCUCUCCUGUCUCACUGCCAGCACAGGACCGCGUGUCUGUUUUGGGCCAGGUGUGCUGUGACAGUAAUGGCAAACUGAAUGCACAGUCGGUUCUGUUGGAAGCGGGACCAGAGCAAGGGGCUCAGCAAGUACGCGUGGACUUGUCAGAGCUCCAAGAGUACUCCCUAUUUACUGGCCAGGUGGUGGCGUUGGAGGGGAUGAACACAACAGGAGGCAAACUAGUGGUUUCUAAAGUCUACGAGGGAAUCCCACUCCCCUUCUACUCCUCAGAAGUGAAAGUGGAGAUGGAUGAAGAGCCGCUCAAUGUGCUUGUGGCCUGUGGGCCUUACACCCCUUCUGACAGCCUCAACUUUGACCCUCUCCUGGACCUCAUCCAUGUGAUUGCGAGGGAUCGUCCUGACGUCUGCAUACUGCUGGGCCCUUUUGUUGACUCCAAGCAUGAUCAAAUUGAGAAAUCUCAGGUGACAGAGACAUUUGAAGCCAUUUUCUCAAGAUGCAUUGAGAGCAUCGUGGAAGGCACAAAAGCUGUUGGCUGUCGCCUCGUAUUUGUUCCUUCCCAGAGAGACAUCCACCAUCAUUACAUCUACCCACAGCCUCCCUUCACCCUGCCGAGCCUCGGCAAGAACCCACGUGUGACCCUGGUGCCUGACCCGUGCACCCUACUCAUUGACGGUGUGACCUUUGGCUUGACCUCCACUGACAUAAUGUUCCACAUGGGUGCCGAGGAGAUCAGCUGCGGCAGUGGAUCGGACCGCUUUUCUCGUAUUCUGAAGCACAUGUUGACCCAGAGGAGUUAUUACCCACUCUACCCACCGGCCGAGGAGGUGAAUAUGGACUAUGAAAAGUUCCAAAGCUUUGGUCAAAUGCCGCUCACGCCGGACGUUCUCAUCAUUCCAUCCGAGCUGCGCUACUUUGUUAAGGAUGUGAUUGGCUGCGUAUGCAUUAAUCCUGGACGUCUGACCAAAGGCCAAGUGGGCGGGACCUACAGCAGGCUGAUGAUUCAGCGCACAGCCUCAUCAGACGACAAGAAGCGAGUCGGUCCGUGUUUGGCGGCUCAGGUGGUGAAGGUUUAACCAGAAAUAAGGACACAAAAAAUUAUGUGUACUUAACAACCUGCAACCACCUGGCCCUUAAUAUUUGCCUCUACUGGCAAACUAAUAUGAAAUAUGCACCAUAACCCAACUGGUUUACUUUUGUACAAAUACAUGUGGUGGUGUGAUUAUAGUUAUACAGUACAUACUAUGAUGUGUUGAUGCUGUAUUUUGUUACAGCAGCAAUAAAUCUACAACAAUUUAGUAUGUGACACGUAUACUCUUUGGCUCCAACAAUCUAAUCUAACGAUCAAAUACAAGAGCUGUAUCAAAAAGUCCAAGUCCAAAUGACAACAAUAAUGAUGAACACUUUUUAAAUUUUUUUUUUUUUUUCACA